AUGAACCUGGAUGCGCUGGAUGUGCUGGACCUGGUGCUGCUGGCAGAAUUCGAGGCUGAGACAGCAGACCAGAAAGUGCCGUUGUCCACGCUGAUGGUGCUACCGAAAAGGGAAGAGGAUCCACUCAAGGAGCUUUUGGAAACCAGCAGUGAAAAAGUCACAUUGCGUUUUCAUCCAAUUGGCUCAGCACCAGCCAUAAAUCCAAGCAUAUUCAAGAUUUCAGGGUCUCAGACGGUGGCUACUGUUCUGAAUUACCUAAUGAAGAGGCUUCGACUAAAGCAUAUUCAUUUGUAUGUGCUGAGCACAUUCCAACCAACGCCGGACGAGAAGUUGGGUGAUUUGCAUAAGCUUUUUCUGAGCAAAGGGGAAUUGGUGCUCGGGUACUGUGAAACCAUUGCAUUCGGCUAG